AAUCAAAUGAAAGCUAAAUUGAAUAGGGAGGAUUAUUAAUUUCGAAAAAAAACAGGUUAAGAGUUGAUCAAAUAUCCUGGAUAAUUAAAUGGAUUAGACUUUGUAAUUUCCAAUUGUGAAGAUUGUACAAUCUACAUUUGUGAUCAUGCUGCAUAAAUUUUUGUAGAUUUAAGUAAAAAUUGCAAAAUUUAUAUUGGACCUGUUGAAGGCUCUAUAUUCGUUAGAAAAUGUGAAAAUAUUGAAAUAAGUGCAGCAUCUAGUUAAUUUAGAGUGUCAAAUUCAAAUAAGUACUAAAAAAAUAAAUAUUAUUAAGUAUCUAAUGUUAUGUUUACACUCCAAGUGAUCCAGCACUUGAAAAAUCCGCUGGAAUUGUAUUUGCUCCAUAUAAUUUUACUUAUCCUGGUAUUAGUGAUGAUUUUGAGAAAGCAAAGUUGGAUCCUGCAAAUAAUAAAUGGAGUGAAGUUUAUGAUUUUACUCCUAAUAAUGAGAUAAGUAAUUGGACUCUCUUGCAUCCAACUUAAUUCCAUUUAGUAAGUAAGUAAUUUGAAGGUCUUGAAGAACUUAAAUAAUAUCCAGUUGCUAUUCCAAUAACAUAUGGAGGAUCAUGCACUAAGAAAAUAAUUUUAGGAAGUGCUGAUUAAAGAGCUAAUGGAUUAGAAUUAGAUUUUCUAAUGGGAAAGGAGAAUGUAAAGAAUUAAUAAUUGUUGUCUGAUGAAAAUCAAGUUUAUAUGGAAACCUAAUUGAAGACAAUUAAUAAGGAUAAAUCAUAAGAAUAAAAUAAUAUAGUUUAAUAUGAAGAAUUUGUAUUUGAUUCAGAAAGUGUAAAAAGUACAGAAGCUUAAGUUAAUAUGCAAAGUUUGAAUACUUUUAAUGCAUUUGAUGAAAUAGUUUUAGAUAAUCAAUUGAAUAAACAAAAUACAAAUACAUAAUUAAGUUAAUAGAUGUAAAGGGAUGUAAGAUUAUUAGCUAAAUUUAAUAUAGGAAGCUGAGAGAAAACUAAAAGAAUAAAAAAGAAAAUAGGCUUAAGAAUAUUUAAAAAAUUUUAUGAGGUAAAAUAAGUAAAUGAAUUUAAUUAUAGUGAUUUUACAGAAUAAACAAAUUUAAGGAAAACAUAAAAUAGAGCCAUUGUCAGAGAGAAAGUUUAAAAUUAAUAAGGAUGGAAGACAGUGGUUACAAAUAUCGACUUAAAAGAUAAUGGGGGAGAAAAAGAUGUCAGUAAAAUGGCUUAAGCUAUAAAAAAUAAAUUAAUGGACGAACUAAAAUGAUAUGAGAC